AUGGAGUCGGAGGUGGAGAUAGUACUGGAUGAGCCAAAAUCGUCAAGUCCAUUCUUGAACAGUACCCAUGACAAGGAGGAUAGAGCUUUAAUCAAGCGCGCACCAGACACGGAAGGAGCUGCCCUUGCUGCCCGCAAUGUCGACGCACAGAAGACAUACGGCCGAGGUCGGAAGAUACGACAUCAAUCGGUCAAAGAUAAGAAACUUCGCUCGAAUUUGAAGAACCUAGAGUCCAAGUACAAAGAUGCGACACUAAAAGCGAAAGAUGCUGAGAUCCUACUUGAGAAUGAAGGGGGCUUUCUGGAGCCAGAACAUGAACUGGAACGGACGUAUAAGUUGCGACAGGACGAGCUCAAGGCGGAACUACCUGUCGAGAUAGCGAAGCAAGGCUUCGAUCUAAAGUUGGGGGAUUCUUUGGGUCCGUAUAUCUGUGAUUAUACACCAAAUGGCCGAGGCCUGCUCUUGGCCGGGAGAAAGGGCCAUGUAGCAGCUAUCCCUGAUUGGCGUUCAGGCACAUUGGGAUGCGAGUUACAGCUUGGAGAAACCGUGAGGGAAGCGCGAUGGCUGCACAAUGACCAAUACUUCGCCACUGCACAGAAGAAAUACGUCUACAUUUAUGACCGUGCUGGUGUGGAAUUGCACUGUCUACGCCAGCACAUCGAGCCGCGGGCUAUGGAAUUUCUCAAAUGGCACUUUCUCCUGGCCAGUGUCGGGAAUGCAGGCUAUCUGAAGUACACAGAUACAUCGACGGGACGGAUGGUUAUUGAGAUGCCCACUAAGCAGGGCACUCCGACGUCACUAGCCCAAAAUCCUUGGAAUGCAAUACUCCAUGUCGGACAUCAGAAUGGAACCGUGACACUUUGGUCGCCAAACUCAACUACACCUUUGGUGAAGAUGCUCGCGCACCGUGGGCCCGUGAGAUCGAUGGCUGUUGAUAGAGAGGGCAGGUACAUGGUGGCUACGGGACAAGACAUGAAGAUGAGUGUCUGGGAUGUAAGAAUGUACAAGCCUGUCAAUGAGUAUUUCCUGCGACGUCCGGGAGCAUCAGUCGCCAUUAGUGACAGUGGUUUGACUGCUGUGGGAUGGGGCACGCAAACCUCGAUUUGGAAAGGGCUGUUUGAUAAAUCGAAAAGGGACCAGGACAAAGUGCAAUCUCCAUACAUGGGAUGGGGAGGUGAGGGUCGAAACAUGGAGAGAUUGCGCUGGUGUCCGUUCGAGGAUUCACUGGGUAUUUCCCACAACCAUGGGUUUUCUAGCAUCAUCGUUCCGGGUGCUGGAGAGCCGAAUUUUGAUGCCCUAGAAAUCAACCCAUACGAGUCAGUCAAGCAGCGGCAGGAGGGAGAGGUGAAGAGCCUUUUGAACAAGCUGCAGCCAGAGAUGAUUUCUUUGAACCCCGAUUAUGUAGGAAAUUUAGAUCUUGUUUCAGCUGCCGAGCGAAGAAAAGAGGCAGAUCUUGACCAAAAGCCCGAAGACCCGGUAUCGAAGCUCAAAAAUAGAGGACGAGGAAAGAAUAGCAGUCUUCGCAAGUAUUUGAGGAAGAAAGGCAAGAAGAAUGUCAUCGACGAGACAAGGCUUCAAGUCGAUGCUUUGAGGAUGGAAACUAAUAAAAAGGCAAGGCCGCCCAAAAGGCAUGAAGAGGAACUGGGUCCUGCACUUGCCAGAUUUGCGAGGAAGGGUGGCUGA